UGUAACGACAGUGCGAUACACACUCUUCUUUUCAUAAGAAGCUGAGUUACUUGAACGAUCACGUAUGUGCGCAAGAAGUAACUGUUGGAGACUGUUUGUAAACGUUAUUCAGACAUUUGGUGUGUAUUGUUAGUUCCAGAACUAGAUAGACGGGCAGAGUUUAGGAAUAUCAGUAAUGUCUCAGAAAAGCCUAACUAUGUUGGGCUGCGGAAAACCCAGCAAUAACCUGCAGAAUCUGUUUAUGUUUCUUGUUAGCAGAUUACAACGAAAUGAGGCCUUGAAAUAGUUGAUACAUUUAGCACUAUUGUCUUGUGAAUCAGAGUUGAAUUCCCGUGGUUUUGUCAGAAGUGGAACACAGAAGUUUGAUGUAGCUGCUCAAUAAUUCCUAAUAUCUUCCAUUCCUAUAUUAGUUGUUAGUCACGUUUUUAUUCUAUUUUAAAUCAAAAUUUUUUACCAAUUUACUAGUAGUUAAAUAUGUACUCUGAAAUUUCGGAUUUUUGUUUUUAGAAACGUCCGUUGGAAAAUGGUGUUUGAAUCAUAGACAAUCUAAUGGCUAAAAAGGCCUCACUAGAAAUAGAUGCUCCUUGAUCAGCGUUAGCCAAGAGUGUAACAGCUUCUAGUAUUCCAUAAUUGAUCAGUCAUUUAUUACUUCGAGUUUGACAACUUAGUGAUAUAAUAUUUGAAAAUCAGCCUGCCUUUCAGAAGAUAUUGAUAUUAACACAAAUUUUGAAACGAAAAUUACGUCCAAGUUAAUAGUUACUCGGUGAAGUGAUCGGUGAUUUUUUUUUUUUACACAUGAAACAGAUGAUGAUAAGGUUACUUCAGUUACGUAACCUGCACUCUGCUACAGUCUCCACGAAUUAUUAGCUUCAAAUGACUUUCCGAUAAAGCAACUUUUUUGCAGGAAAUAGCCAGGAAUAGAAACAUGAGCAGUGACGAGAGUCAAACGUCGUCUCCUGACCCGGGAAGUAGCAGUGGCGGAGCAAGGAUGAAGCAAUAUUCUCUAAUCCGUCUGUCGCAUGAACAGGAGGACUCGUUCACAGAAAUACAAACACCGAAGAUGACAGAUGUUACUGAAACUCGUGAAGUAAAAGACUUGAGAUACUGGGUGAACAAAUUUCGCCAAGCUCUCAGAACCGUUAGGUUUUCGAAGACUCGCAGAAAGCAGAGAUAUGGUUCUAUUGCCUCAUCGUACGACAGUGAAUACGAGGAAGUUGACGUUCAACAAGACAGAUAUACUCCUGAAGCUCUGGACAAUUUGUGCGAAAUCACUAAAUUUAAUAAAAGGGAGUUGCAGCUCAUGUAUCGAGGUUUUAAACAGGAAUGUCCGUCAGGAAUGGUGAAAGAAGAAACCUUUAAGGGAAUUUACGCUCAAUAUUUUCCACGAGGGGGCGACACUAGUCAGUAUGCUCACUACGUUUUUAACACGUUUGACCAAGAUCACACUGGCUCAAUAACAUUUACGGACUUUGUCGUAGGAUUAUCCGCCUUGUCUCGUGGGUCUGUUCAAGAAAAGCUUAAAUGGACCUUUAAUUUAUACGACAUCAAUGGUGACGGCUACAUCACCAAGGACGAGCUCUUCAGGAUUGUCACUUCCAUCUAUGAUCAGAUGGGAAGAGCAGUCGAUUCAGUUGUUGACGACCAUACGACCAAGGAACAUGUGGACAAGGUGUUUAAGAAGUUAGACCUCAAUCAAGAUGGUGUAGUGACGAUGGACGAAUUUCUUGAUUCCUGUACAAGGGACGAAAAUAUAACAAAAUCAAUAGGAUUUUUCGACACUGUACUGUGACAUUCCAGCAUCGAUUUAUACAAGAGUGCCUAGUGUCGUCUUCAGGUUUCUGUGCAACUAGUGAAGAUACGGUAUUGAUGUGGUACCAUGAUGAAAAUAAGCUGUGGAAGCAGCGUUGAUGUCAAAUUCAGUGUCUAUGUGUAUAAGUAUACGUGCGCAUAUAUCAAGAAUAUUUACUUUAUUAAUAUCUUCAACAGAACCACUGCUUCCAGUGAAAACAAUGCAAUAUUCUUCACUGUCCAAACAAAUCAUGACAUCAUUUCCUGCUGACGUUAGAUAGGAGAAAAUCAAAACAAAGAUCGUUUUAAGAGAUUCUUGACCUUUUUUCCUGUUCCCUACCAUUAAAUAGAUAAUACAAAUAAAAUAUAGUUCUAAGAUAGUUUAAUUAUAGUGCUUUAAUAGGAAAUACUAGACAAAAUUGUUUGCGAUUCAUAUCAUCUAGUACAGCAGGCUAGUACUAAUACUUUAUUGCCAUCUAGCGAUCAUCUUAUUAGUUUAAGAAAUUCAAGAUCUUAGUAAAGAAUAUAUGGUUAAAAUAAAUAUAUAUAUCUACAAAAAAAUAUGUAAAUGUUUAACCAAAACAAACUAGGUAGAAAUGGCCAAUCAAACUGAAAUACGUAAUGUUUUCCAAAUCAUUUUUAAAAAUAAAAUUAGUCAUAGUUCCUAAAAUCUUCUAAAAAUUUGAAAUUACUUUAUAGAUCAAAAGAAAUGUACCUUUUUGGAGGGAGAGUGAGACAUGUUAAAGUACGUCUCAUAAAUUUAUAUAAAAUUGCAAUUAAAUAUUUUAAAAAAUCA